AUGCCUGCGAUGCGGAAGGCUUCGGGGAGUCGCGUCGCUCACUGUCGGCCCGCCCUCCGCAUCCAAUCUGCCGUGUCUUCGCCGGGCGGACGCAGCCUCCAACUCGCAGCCCCGCGCCCCUGCCGGCCAGAUGUGGUGAGACCCUCCAUACUUGGUCUGUGUGGCAGUUCCAUAUACACAAGGCUGCAGAAGCUCCACAUAAUCAGAUGCGAUGCUGCCCACCAAUCACCACCCAGCAGAGAAGCGAUUGCAGUUCCUCGGGUUGCCACGUUGAUGGCAUCCCAGUUCAUGCUUGGGCUGAUGACCUCCCCAGCAUUGGCCUUUGACGUUCCGGAUUUCAGCUCAGCACCAAAGAGCAGUCUCUAUGUCACCCUUGGCCUCUUUGUUUUAACUCUGCCAGGGCUUUGGUCACUCAUCAAAAGAGCUCCCAAGUCAACAAUAAAGAGGAAGACGUACAGUGUGGACGGACCUGCUGUGGAGGGGGCACCAUCAAUGGACCAACGUGCCAAGACCAUUGCCCAGUACUUCACAAAAUACAACUACAGGAUUAAGGAAACUGGAAAAGUAAUCACAUUUGUUGGAACAUACCAAGCGGACAUCAGCCAGGCAGCAUCCCUGGCAUUGUACACAUUCAUAGGUCUGGGAUGUGUUGCGCUUGUGCUGAGCACCCUUUUUCCCGAUGUUGGAAACUGGUGGUACGUUUUGACUGCUGCAAGCCCUCUGGCAGCCAUCUACUAUUGGCAAACUGGCACUCGUGAGGAGGAGGUGAAAGUGAAGAUGAUUUCAUCCGAUGAUGACACGGAGACUGAUAUUAUCGUCGAAGGAGAUGAGGAGGAGCUCACACGGAUGUCCAAGGAGCUCGGAUUCACGGAAAAGGGAAAGGUCUACGUGAAGGGGAUUUUGGAAAGAUAG